UUGUUUGAUAAAAAGAAUCAAGCAGCUUGGAAAGACCUCGCUCGACAGCAACUAUCUCAUCUCAGUGGACAAUACAACAUGGGCCAUGCAGUUUUUUCCGCCUCAGGCUGGAUGCCCGACCAUCGCAACUACACCAAGCUUUCAUCCUUUUAUCGUCAACUUUACAUGUCCUGGAGAAAACUGGACGGAGGACGAGAUCUUGCCCCUCCCAAGUAUUAUGAAGAUGCUGCCGAAGAACCUCUGUGGGGAAACCACCUUAUAAAAGACCAGUCCAAUCGCCCCAUACUUCAGCCUUCACUAGCUAGAUGUCGCUUCUUCAACGUUAGAGAUAUAUGGACCAAACAACUUCCAGAUGCCAGAACGGUCGCGGCAAAAUUUUACCCUCAAGUUUUACAUGCCAUUCCGCAAUCUUGGACUAGCCUCCCCCAUCAAGAGCCCUCUUCCGAACAUAGAAUGCCACAUUGGCAGGCACGUCUCUGUUUCUUCAGCACAGCCGAUAAACCACUGCUACUGUCAGAUGCGAAUACACGUUUACUGUACCGAUGUCUCUUAUCUAAACGCAUAGACCGUCCACCGUGCCAGGAAAAAUGGGAGGCCUCAUACGAACCAAUUACGGACAAACAAUGGCUCUCACUAUGGAAUUUUCCUCAAAACAUGACGCCUUUACAAUGGGACAUAGCAUGGAAAUUUCUGCACCGGGUUCUGCCAACUAACUCAGUCCUCUAUACGGCUAAACUUGCCACAACACGUCAGUGUCCAGCGUGCCACCAGCCAGACGACACCAUUGAACAUGUAUUCAAUACUUGCCCGAUAUGGAAAGGACUCUUACGGCAAGUUUGUCUCUUAUUGAGUAGGGUAUCCUUAAAUCCACCUACGGCCCUCCACCCAUUGGAGCUGAUGAAUGAAACUGGAAACCUAAGAACUUUCUUCGUCAUUCUCAUGACCACCUAUUGGACAAAAAGAAAAACUCUUCCUCCUGUUGGAAUUAUGAACAGUUUUAAGUGGCAUCUACGUCGACAUAUACGAACUGUUUGUGCAAGAAAGUCGGACAUAUCUUUUUGGAAGCCUUUGGGACCUUUUGUAAACCUAGCUUUAGUGUAAAGAAUUUAGAUUGAUUUAGAAGUUGUACCAACUUUUAAUAAUAACAAA